GGAAAUUGUGUAAUAUGAACUCACACACGCACAUAGAAGUGACGGAUGUUUAUUGCCUGUGUUUCAUGUCCUCAACUUUCUGACAGAAGCUGAAAAGACAAGAGGAGUCAGAGGAGCAGCUGCACAUUUACAACAUGGCUGUGUUUGAGAACUCCUCUGUGAUCUUGGACCUGAAGAAUUUGUCCUACAAAGAGAAGAAAAAACUGAAGUCGGCAGUGACGGAGAACGGAGGCAAUGUUUCCUUUGUGGUCAAUAAACAGUGCACUCUGAUAGUGACCAGUGACGUGUCCAACCUGAGCUCCAACAGGCUGCGGAGCAUCCAGAAGCACCAGACGCCCGUGGUCGGGGUGGACUACGUGUACAGAUGUCUGCAAAGUGGAGCUCUUCUGCCUGUGGAGGAAUUCAAACUGGAUACUUCUCCUGCUGCCUUCUCACCUCUUCUUCCUCUCUCCUCACUGAAGCCUGCUCCAUUCUCAUCUCCCGUGUCCAGAGCAGCAGUGAUCACAGCGGCUAUUGAGCUUCCUAAAGGUCAAGCGAAGCCUGUGGACUCUGUCGGUCUGACUCCGUGCCCAAAGACUCCAGGGAGGAGCGGAAACGUCCUGGACAAGUUCAGAAUUUACACCGAAACGGAUUCUGAUCUUCCAUCGUAUCCGAACGAUUUUCAAGUGGCAAAAUAUUCAAUCUUUGAAAAGAUAAACAGAAACACUUGGUGUGUGCUGGAGCUGCAGAGUUUUAAAGGAGAGAAAGGACGACAGUACUGUGUGGUGCGGUGCUUGAAGAGUGAUGUAGAAGCAAAGAAGGAGCUGGUGUUUCUGGCCACAUCUGAGGACGCUGUAGACGUGUACCAGGCGCUGAGAGAGACCUCGCAGGCUGCUGGUCUGCAGCUGAGACGCAGCAUCCCUCCACAGUCCCUGGGCCUGGCUUCCUUCCCACUGCAACAGCUGCUGCUGGAGGAGAAACUGAACACAGGGUGUGUGUCGCGGGAGGUUGGCGUCUUUGUGGAGCUGCUGUGGACUGAAGCCCUCGGUCAACUCAACCUCCUCCUCAGCGUUCCAAUCUGCAAGCUCAGCCUCAAUGACGUGAGCAGGGCGGAGGGCUUGUUGCUUCAGGCCCAGAGGAAGCUGAACGAGGGAAAUGUUACUGAGACAGAGAUUCUCAUGGUAGAGUUUAACAAUCUGCUGCCACACAGGAUGCCAGUUUUACUACAGGACACCAAGGUCAUCUCUCAGAAACUGGACCUCUGUCAGUUAAUUCGAGACGUCCUGAACGUGAGUGAGAUGUCUCUGAGAGGCCCCGCCCCCUCCAGUCUGGGGAAGUACCGCGCUCUGAGGUGCAGCAUUGAGACCGUUCCUACCGGCAGCUCUGACUUUCAGGCCGUGACAUCUGUGCUGCGGGGCAGCAAUCUCCAGAUUCAGCGGGUUCUGCGAGUCGGCCGCGGGGUGGAGCUUCAGUCAUUUAAGAACGAGCUUGGGAACGUUCAGAUGCUUCUUCACUCAUCCAGCCCCAGUAACUUUGUAGGAAUCCUGUCUCGUGGUCUGCUGUUGCCUCACGCUGGAGUGGAGCAUCAUGGGAUAGAGAGAACAGAUGUCGGUAAUCUGGGCAGUGGAAUCUACUUCAGUGACGCUGUCAGCACCGCUUUGAAAUACUCCAGGCCUAGUGUGUCAGACGGGACUCGGCUGCUGUUGGUGUGUGAUGUGGCGCUGGGAAGUUGCAGGCACGUGCACAAGAGAGACGUCACACUGACCAAAGCCCCAGAGGGUCACCACAGUGUGCACGGAGUCCGCUGCACCCCUAACACUCGCUCUGAGUUUGAGGAUGACGAGUACGUGGUGUACAGUCCUGAUCAAGUGAAACUGAAGUACGUGGUUCAGUUCAGCAUCAUGGGAGAAGAGCUGAGGGAGUUCAGUCCUGCUGUCGACACUUCGACUGAGCCGUGUCCGCCUCCGUCUCUCCAAGUGCUCAGUUCAAAGGACAUUGCGAUAGAGGACGUUAAAAACCCUCUUGAUGAAGUGAAGGCCGGACUGUUGGACAGCUCUGGUCAGCAGCUCCCCCUGCAGUCUGUCCAUGUGAAGUGCAAACUGAUGGAUCUGCUCUCUCAGGUCAUCAUUUUCCAAGAAUAUACCAACAACAGCUCCGAGUCAAUCGAGGCCAAGUAUGUUUUCCCAUUGGAUGAUUCUGCAACUGUAUGUGGAUUUGAGGCUUUUAUAAAUGGGAAACACGUCGUGGGAAAGGUGAAGGAGAAAGAGACGGCUCGUAAGGAGUACAAACAGGCUAUUGAGAAAGGCCAUGGCGCAUAUCUCAUGGAUCAGGACGCACCCGACGUGUUCACCAUCAGUGUGGGCAAUCUGCCCCCCGGAGCCAGUGUCCUCAUCAAAGUUACCUUUGUGUCUGAGCUGAUCGUCAGGGACGGGAGUAUUCUCUUCUCUCUGCCCGGGAGUGUGGCUCCGUGGCAGGAGAGCGCAGCACUCAACCAGACCACGCAGGUCACUCUGGAGAAAGUGUGUGUGACUGAUGAGUCAGCAAAUACAAGAGAGUUCUCCCUGGACAUGUCAGUCGAGAUGCCCAAUGAAAUCAGCAGCUUGGAGUGUAUCACUCACAAAGUCAAGGUUAAGAGAACAGACUGUAUGGCAGUAGUGGCCGUGCUGCCAGGACAGGUGAUGGGUACGGAGGGUUUCCAGUUGUCAGUCAGUCUGUCCGAGGUCCACCUGCCCAGGAUGUGGGUGGAGGAACACCCUGACAAGGACAGUCAGGCGUGCAUGUUGGUUUUCUAUCCUGACUUCGAUGUCAGUUCCAUGUCAGAAUCUGAUGAAGUCGUCCUGUUGCUGGACACGUCUGAGUCCAUGAAUGGAGAGUCUCUCCGCAUGGCUCAGAGAAUCGCCCUCCAAGUCCUCAGAGCCCUCGGCAGCAACAUCAGACUCAAUGUUGUUUUAUUUGGCUCAGAUCACACUGAAGUGUUUCUGACAGCGCAGCCGCUCACUAAGACUCGUAUGACAGCAGAGAGCUUCAUCAAGAACGUCUCUCCAGUGGGCGGCAGCACUGAGCUUUGGCGGCCCCUGAGGGCCCUCAGCCUGCUGCCUCCGUCCCGUGGCAUCAGGAACCUGCUGCUGCUGUCAGAUGGCCACAUCCAGAACGCAGAGUUCACCCUGAAGCUGCUCAGAGACAACGUGCAGCACAGCCGCCUCUUCACCUGCGGCAUCAGCCCAACAGCCAAUAAGCAUAUGCUAAGAGCUCUGGCCCAGGCAGGGGGCGGAGCCUACGAGUUCUUUGACACAAAAGUCAAACACAACUGGUCAGACAAGGUGGCACGUCAGGUGAAGCGUAUUGCAGCUCCUGGCUGCACCUCAGUGUCUGUGAAGUGGCAGCAGUUCAACCCGACAGCGCCCACUCCUGUGCAAGCGCCUAAACAGCUCCAUGCAUUGUUCAACGACUGUCACACCCUGGUUUACGGCUUUGUGCCGCAUUGCACUCAGGCCACCCUCCACGGGAACCUCAGUGGUCAGGAGCUCGAAACCAUGGUGUCGACGAGUGAGCUGCAGAAGACGAGAGGCACAUUUCUUCACAAGCUCACAGCAAGAGCCCUCAUCAGGGAUUAUGAAGAUGGAAGCCUGGAUACAGACGAGGCUGAACAUGAGGGGAAGAAAGCGGAGUUGAAGACCUUCAUUGUCGAGUUGAGCAAAGAGUUCUCCAUCUUGUCUCAGUUCACCAGCUUUGUGGCCAUUGAGGAGAGGGACCCUGCAAAACCUGAGGAGGGUUUCACAGACAUCCCCCAGUUGAUUGCAGAGGAGGAUGUGGACUUCCUUCCCUACAUCAGCUGGAAUAUUCCUCAGGAUAGUGAAGAUGAUGAUGAUGAAGAUGAUUCACUGAGUUUUGAAAUGGAAGAAGAGCUUGGUGAUAUUUCGGGUUCCAGGUUUUAUGGGGACUUUUCAGAUCACGUUCUAGAAGGAGCCACAUGGACGGUUUCCUGCAGCGCUGAUCAUUAUGUACCAAUGAUGUUAAGCUCCAAAACAGAGGAGGAGAAUCCUUUUGAUCUUGAUUAUCUAUCACUGGAUAAUGGGGAAUAUACUCCUCUUCCCUCUUUUCAUCCUCGUCGAUCUGUUGGGGGGUUUUCCUUAUUUGCCCAAGUCCCAAUGCAAGCCUCUGCGAUCCCUCCACCUCCACCUUUUGCCCUAACCUCAAUUCAAGCCUCUCCGAUGCCGAUGCCUCCACCUCCACCUUUCGCCCUAGACUCAAUUCAAGCCUCUCCGAUGCCUCCGCCUCCACCUCCACCUUUUGCCCUAACCUCAAUUCAAGCCUCUCCGAUGCCUCCGCUUCCACCUCAACUUUUUGCCAAAUCCUUGAUUCAAGCUUCUCUGAUGCCUCCACCUCCACCUCAACGUUUUUCCAGAACCUCGAUUCAAGCCUCUCCGAUGCCUCCGCCUCCACCUCCACCUUUUGCCCUAACCUCAAUUCAAGCCUCUCCGAUGCCUCCGCCUCCACCUCCACCUUUCGCCCUAGACUCAAUUCAAGCCUCUCCGAUGCCUCCGCCUCCACCUCCACCUUUUGCCCUAACCUCAAUUCAACCCUCUCCGAUGCCUCCGCCUCGGCCUCAACUUUUUGCCAAAUCCUUGAUUCAAGCCUCUCCGAUGCCUCCGCCUCCACCUCCACCUCCACCUUUUGCCCUAACCUCAAUUGGAGCCUUUUCGAUAGGUAGGGCUCUACCAACUACAUCUGCCCAAACCCAAAUUCAAGCCUCUCCGGUGCCCCCGUCUCCACCUCCACCUUUUAUUGCUAAUGAGACAAUGAGACGACUUCGAAGGAUGGGUGGAAUACCUUGGGAUAUAGAACCUAGCAAUAGUUGUACGUCUCUUUAUCAAACUUUGAGUCGAAGACCUAGAUCUUUGUCCAAGACCUACGGCAGCAUUUCUCCUCCCGUUGCUGCAUCCGGCUCGAGUAGCCCUAACCCUAACCUUAACCCAUCGGAUGAUUCGCUCAUGUCUUCUGAAGAAACAGAAGGAUUACCAUCUUUAAUCCAAGCAUUGAAGCAGCCGCUCAGUCCAGUGGGCGAAGCCCGCAGUGGCAUUUACAGUUCUUUUUGGAUGGAUGUCCCUGAAUCAUUGGUCCAAAGGAAACCUGUAUCGCUUGAUUUAUCGGAUAUGAGUAUGUUUGAUUCAUGUCUCCCUUCAGAUGGAGGCGAUGAACAUAGAAGAUACGAGAGUGUACUUUGCUACGGGAAAAGGUUGAAACGCCGUGAUCAAAGGAUGCUCAGAUGGGAUAAGAUCUUCCAGAUGCAACAUUCGGAGGGCUACUGGGAGUUGACCACAGAACUGGGUGAAAACCUAAAUGUAGAUGUCAACUCCUUUGUCAACGUGUUCCUGAAAAACAAAGGCAUCUGCUCUCUGGGUGUGAGGGCCCACGCAGAUAUCCUGAGGCUGGUGGCAACUCUUCUGGUUCUUCAGAUGAUGAGGGAGGAGAAACUGGAGGAAGGCAAACUGCUCCGCACCCUCUUCUGUCUGGAUGACUCCGCUCAGCCCAGGCCACAGCGUUGGGACGAGGUGAAGAAGGCAGUGAAGUGGGUUUGCUGGGCUGACAAACAGUACCCAUGCAUCUACAGCCGCCUGGAGUUUGGUUGGAGCUGGGAGUCGUCCACCCGUCAGCUGCUGGGCUAUGAAGGGCUGCCCCCAUUCUCACCACUCAACGGUUUUAUCCAGCCGACACCCUGGGGCGGUAACAGGAAGCUGGUUCGUUACUGAUGAGUUCUCUGUAUUUCCCAGAGACACCCACCCCCUCCAGUCACUAGACAUUGGAGUUUUUUAACGGGUGGGAAAUCUUAAAGGGCUGUAAAACAAAACCCAGACUUUUCUUUGUCAAACUUUAUAAUCUCAUUAAUGUGCUCCUCCAGUAAGAUUCGUAAGGUGUGGCUCAUCAAAAUGACUUAAUUUACUUUCAAUUUAAGAUUUUAUUAUUUUUUGUCAUUAUUAUUGACAGGGCGGGGUUUAGCUUCAUGAUGGAGUCAAGUUUCCAUGUAAAAUAUAAACAUCACAAUCUGUUCCAACUUUUUUCUCACCUUCCCUUCAGUAAUGACUUUACAUUCAUUCACAUCAUUAUCCACACACACUGUGUGCUGCUAUGAAUACUACUCUAGUGUGAUUUUAAGUUCUGAUUUUCCAUAUGCAGAAAUACAUAAAGUGGGAUCCCAGAAUUGUUCUUUUCAGUUCUGCAAUCUGUUCCAUUUGCUUGAAAUAUACAUGAUUUGCAAAACGUAAAUUUGAGGCUGUCUGAAAAUUCGCUGUUCUCUCACUUCACCGGGUUCUCUCCUCAGCUUAAUAAAGUUGUGCAAACUCUUCAA